CACUUCCGGCAACAGGAUUCCAAGCAGAGAGAAGCGAAGCGCAGGAAAGCCAGCGCGAGACUCCGCCUUAGUACCGAGAACAGCCAAUCAAGUUAAGAGCCCGCCAAUGAUUCCACACAGAAUCCUUAUAUAUAAAGUAUUUCCCAAGUCCGGCUGCUGCAAGAGACCACAUGGCCUGUGGUUGAGUGAGCUAAUGUUAUACUCGUAUCAGUGCGUUGGUUGUGGCGCGACCAGAAUGAGCCUGUGAGAGAGUUGUUGAGUGGACCGGCUAUGGGCAGGCAUCCUCUGACCUCAGUAGCAGUGCCCGACCCUGGUCCCAUUCCCACCUUCCGACUGUUUCUCGUCUUGUUUGCCGCCCCACUGCUGUUCGCGUUCUCCCUAAGCAACAGUCACGGCGUAGCGGCUCUUUCCGUCCCAGUUCCUGUCAUCGCGGCUCCGGCACCAGCUCCGUACGACCUCGAUCAAGAGGAAGAAUAUCAAGCAAAUUUGAUGGAAGGACAAAAUUCCAGACUUGGAGAGGAAGAAGUGACAAGACUCAAACAAAGGAUCCUCGAAGGCCUGGGACUAACCCGUGCUCCCGACGCAUCCAAGAUGAACGUGAGCCAGGAGGAAUACGCGCGAAUGUAUGGCGUGUAUCUGCGCAGUGUAGAAGAGAGCCGACGCAGGCGUCAGAGGGAGCAACACUAUGAGAUGGAACACGAACGUCUUGAUGGCGUCAUAGCUCAGAGAUUCUACAGUUUCACCCACGCUGGUCACCUGAGGGAAAGAGCUCGCCGCAAGGUGGGGACGAGGCGCCGUCAGAGUUCCAUCACCUGGCUGUACUUUCCUAUUGACAUACCGGAGGCUGGACAGAGUCAGCAAGUCGAAAUUGAAUACGCAACACUCCGAAUUUUCAUGUCAGGUCUUCAUCCAGAAGAAGCAGCUCGUGGUGAGAACACAGUGGAAGUGAGAGUGUACCAGGUCCUUCAACCAGCCCAAAGACGCCAUAUAGACAAUUAUGGAAAGACACGCGUACCCGAACAAAGAAGACUGUUAGUCGAUGAACGUCGGAUUCAUCUUGCUACUUCCGCAUCAAAAUGGACGGAAUUUGAUGUGACUAAAGCGGCAGAAUCAUGGGUGAACCGUGGAGCCAGUAAUCUCGGACUAGAAGUGGAGUGUCGUGAAUGUGUACAGCGCGGUAUCACCCUCAUCACACAGGACAGUGUAGGGAGCAACAGCUCCGUCAGUCCAGUUCUCAGCGUCCUUGCAGACGUUCACGUUAAAGGAACCCCUAGACAAAAACGUUCUUCCAAUCCUUUACAUAGUGCGCACCGAAGUCGGCGAACAGAGUGUCGUAAAAACGGUCAGCGUUGCUGUAGACACACAAUGGAAGUUGUGUUCAAGGAAUUGGAGGGAUUCGGCUUCAUUCUGGAGCCGAAGAGCUUCGACGCCGGGUACUGCAAGGGGCGGUGUCCGCCCCGAUAUAACCCCGCAAACCACCAUGCGUUACUACAGAGCCUCAUCUGGAAACAGGACCGCGAUCGAGCCCCCAGACCUUGCUGUGCUCCCAACAAACUCACAGAUCUCGAGGUCCUACAUAUGGAUGACAAAGACUCCACGAAACUCAAAGUGUCCAAGUGGAAGGACAUUGGCGUUCUUGAGUGCGCGUGUUCCUAAACUACUUUCUAUUCCUUAUGUACUUCAUUUGACGCUUUGAACAAUGAAUGGAGUAUAAACUUGUUCGCAGCUAGAAAUCUAGCGAUCUCUACCAAAGAAUUCGGCAUAGUGUCGAAUGUAUUUAACAACUGUGCAACUCGUUGUAUAAAGUUGGAGACGGAUUUACCGUCUGUAUGUGUUACGGGUUUCAGUCAUCACGUUGCUGACAGACGAACUUAAGUUUUAAACCUCGUUAUGUGUAAUUGAGCACGUACUAAGGAAUUCCAGGUGACAUUUUGGAGCCUCGAAAUGUAUCCAGUUCCAGUCUGAUUCCAUGGCUACGGAACUUUUUCACAUCCAAUAAUGCUCAAGAGACGUAGUGUCGCUUUCUUUGUUUCACUAAAUGUUUUAGAGUUCCAUAACUGUGAUAUCAAUUAGAUACGCUUUCAAACAAAUCUCUGUGCACCGUGGAUAACCGAGGGCUUAUUUAUUCAUUCAUCACCAUCUCGUCACUGCCUCCUGCAUCCACGUAACACUCAUCUCUGUAAAAAGACAAUGUCCAGGCACUUCGGUAUCAAUGCUGAAUAAUAUCUGCACAAUACCGUGGCCUUUGUUUCGGUUUAACCUCAAUCUAUGAUGACUACAUUAAUUGUCUGUUUAACUAAACGGUGUUGUGUUGUUCGGUAUAUGUCAAAAUGUUAAAAAGAAAUUAACGUUACAUCACUCAGCAGCCAUCAUAUGUGCUUUCUAAGUAACGACGUUUGCUGUAAUAUAAAAUCGCUGUACGGAUGCAGUAAUUCCACCUAAGAUUUCUACUUCAAAUUUUCCUUUGAAGUAUAGAAUAUUUCACCAUGAUCCAUAGUUCCUAUAGUGUGCGAGUGAUUGCAUGAGUGUUACUGCAUUGACAUGUCGAGUGGAGGGUGAAGAGACUGAUCACAUCUUCAAGCAUUUUCAAUUCAUUCAGGAAUCGGAUUACAAAAUUAUACACAUUGUUAUGGUUCUUAAAAAUGUGCUCGAUAUACACUACACACUCCGUGGUGUGUAAUUCAGAAAUAUAGUAUAUUUUAAUGAAUUUAGAAAUUUGGACCAGAACGUUUCAUUGUAUCAAAAAUUUUAAUGUCCUUUCUUAGGUUGUCUGAUAUACAGACACCAGGAAAUGGAAUGCAUGCUCUGACCGACUUCGAGAACGAUCGUCUGUCCCCUAUGAUCACCGUUCAGAAAUUAAAUAUAAUAUAUUAUUAUCGAAAGAAAUAAAAGUGUUCUGGUAUAGAAUUUCAGCAGGAAUACUAUUUACAUAUUGAGUAUGUGUUUCCAAAACCAAAGUUUGUGAUAAAAUUGAACGGAGUUUCAAAAAGCAAAUGCUUUAUGUUGUGUAUUCAAUAAUUCAACACUUAGACGUUCGUGUGUUACUCAGGUUUGGUCAGAGUGAAAGUAGUAAGGAGCUGAACUAUACUGGUGGCUCUUUACACCAUUUUACCCACAAUCUAAAUUCUGGCUAUGUGCCUGUUUUUUGUCUUUGUACACGAUUACUUAUCAGAACUUUGGUAACAGAGACUCCAGAUGCUUAUAGGAAAGUAACGUAUGUUUCACUUAGUGACUUGUAUGAAAACAAUACUGAAUACACUAAACGAAACAAUUUUGACAUAAUUCUUCCCUUUCCAUAAUAGUUAUAAAAUUUAACAUGGAUACUGAAUUCCAGUCAUGUGAACUAGGUACUAAGAGCACAUCGACCGAUACAUUCAGAACUGAUGCAAGUUCAUAUGAAAUUUGGAUUUGUAUAAUAUUUUUAAAUUAUUACAGCAAAAAAUUAUACCUAAUAUUUAUUCCAGUAUGUCCAAGAUAUGAAACUAUCUGUUGUGAUUAUCUGCUUUGUUUCCAGAGUUCUGGUGUUGAUAUUAGCCAGUAAUGAUAUUAGUGCAUCUCUUGCCAUUUCUGUGACUUGAAGUCUGUAUUGUAAACAUGAUUUUUACAGUUGGAAACCGGAAUUUUGCUACAUUUGAGCAGAACUCAUCUUCUGAUGGGAUGUAGACUCCGAGACUGUACCAUAAUAUUCCUCCCUCCUUGUAUGGCUUGUUUUUCUACGAUAUUUAAAAUGUGUUAGUUACGAUAAUAUGUAUUACAUUGACGUUAUAUUUAUUUUAAUAAAUUAUUGACUGAUAAGAAAUUGUUUAUUGAACAAUGA